GUAAUGAAAGCACUCCAGAGUCUAUGAAAGCAUCUGUAGUUGAUCAAGACGAGGAAGGACUUCCUUCCCCGCCUUUAGAUGACUUAGCUUUCUUUUCUGCUCAGACCACUUCAAUUGAGUUGUCACAAUUCUUUGAUGGCAUGGAUGAUGAUGGAAAUCCUCGAAACAGUGGGGGAUUCAAUGUGAACCGUGGAAAUGGCCGAAAGCCAUCACUAGGUAACCAGAACAUUCCUCUCCAGAAGAAGCAGUCUGCUGAUUGCUUCAAUGCUUCUCCCAAAGAGAACAAGGGUGAACAACAAAAGAAACAGGAAGCCGUAAUCAAGAAACAAACAAUAGUUGCCAAACUAACUAAGCCAUCUGGAGGUGAAUCUGGGCCUGGAAGACCGACAAAACCAGCCUUGGAGCAGAAGCUCAAGGUUAACGAGAUGAACUUCCAGCAGAAAUCUCAUAAAGGCACAAUUCAAAAGAGGCCUGUGGCGUCUCAACAGAAUAAGCUUAGACAUUCAGAUGAGGAUGUUGUUCCAGUCAAACUCGAGGCGACUAAAAGAAAGCUCCAGGAGCGGUACCAAGAAGCUGAAAAAGCCAAGAGGCAGCGGACCAUACAGGUUAUGGAGUUGCAUGAUAUCCCAAAGAAGGGCCCAAAUCAAGGUGUUGGCCUUAAGAAUGCUCAUGGGGGGGGGGGGGGGCACAUAAGAGGGCCAAAAUGUAACAUAAAUCAUAAUAUAGUAGGUCUAAGUGUAAUUUCCUCAACUCUAGAAAUUGUUUUUUUCUCAAUGUGAACAAUCUAGAAUAAGGAGCAAGAAGAGAAUUCUAGAGCAUUCUCCACUAUUCUCAAUAUCUCAUUUCACCUGAGCCUUCAAAGAUGUGUAUAUAUACACCCCUUUUGAGUCCUUGUUGGAGUCAAGUAUUUGGGUAUUCUGUUCUUUUCAUACCGUUCUUGAAAAAAAGUUGAAAUUGAAAAGGAUGUUUGGAAGAGGAGGGAAAAAAGUGUGAUAACACAAAGUUUUAUGAAAUCUUGGGUGUUUCCAAGAAUGCUUCAGAAGAUGAAAUCAAGAAAGCUUAUAGAAAAGCUUCUAUGAAGAAUCAUACUGAUAAGGGUGGUGAUCCUGAAAAGGUAAUCUUUUUGUUUAUUUUUGAAGAAAGGUGAAGUCUUUGUUCUAAUUUGGGAGUUUUUUUUUUGUUAUCGUGUUAUGUUUGUUUAAGCUGAAGAGUUGCCAAAGGCUGAGUUUUUGGCUGUGUAAAUGUUUUAGUUGAGGUACAUUUUAAAUUCUGUACCAUCUCCUGCUGCCUGCUAUAUCCUUGUUUCAUCCAUUGUUUCUUGAAGAAUGGGAUGUCUUAGUUUCAAUUUGGGAGAAAUAUACUGGGGAAGGGGAAGAGGGAUCAUAAGGUGGGGAAUCAAGCUCUCACAUUCAGUUAGCCAGCCAAGGAGGUUCUUAUGAAGAGGAAUUAUAAGGUGGGGAAUCAAGUGCUCACUGAUAACCUGAAAAUUCAGUUAGCCAGCCAAUGGUGGUCCUAAGAUUUUGUUUUUUGGGGAGGGGGAGGAAGAAUGCUUGUUGAGCUGGUUUAUCUCUUUUUAUGUGUUAAGAUGGUGCCUUUUUUAUUGUUAUGUUGUUGUGUUUGCUCAUCAAAGGUGGUGUUUUUAGGAUGUGCAAGUGUUUUAGUUGAGGUGCUUCUUAGAGUUCCAUGUAUCUGUUGGUUUUGUAUAGUAAAGCUGCUUAGUUGAACCUGAAUACUGGUUUUGUAAAGUAAAGCUGCUUAGAUGAACCUCCUGAGUACCUGACAAGGGUGGUGAUCCUGAAAGGAUAGCCUUUUUUUCUUUUUAUCAUCUCCUAUUGUUAUAUCCAUGUUACAUCAGGUGCCAUGAAGUUUGGGAAUGUCCUUUGUCCAACUUGGGAGAAAUUGCUUCUAUGCUACUUUGAGCUGUUUUUUCCCUUUCUUUUUUGUGUAUUGGUGGUGCUGUUUUUUUAUUAUGUUUGUUUGAUAUAAUCUUAAGUUGCUCCCUUCUCAUGAUGAUGGUUGUGUCUGGAGUUGUUGUCUUCUUGGCUGAUAAGCCAGUGAGAAGCUACACUUUUUUGAAUGGUCCCUAUUGUUGAUUAAUCCUCUUUAGGUGGUGUUAUUAUGCUAAUAUGACAAUAGUUGUUCUCUUGUGCAGUUUAAGGAGCUAGCUCAAGCUUAUCAGGUCUUGAGUGACUCAUAGAAGCGUGAGAUUUAUGAUGGUUUGGUUAUCCAAACGGGCCCUUAAGUAUAUCCUUCAUAAGGACCGGUGUUUUAACUUUUGGCCAUUUUUUUUAAAAAAAGUUAUGCAAAUAGUUUAUAAACAUUUGCAAAACUUCUGCGGUAUAGAAAAAUUGAUUGGUUUGUGAUGAGAUUGAUGGCGAAAGGAGAGAGAUAAGCGAGAUUAUUGAUUUUGAAAGUUUGAAUUGAAUUUAAUUAUUUAAAAUUGUUUAUAACGGAAUAUAUCAAAUUUAGAUUAAUUUUAAAAUAAAAUAUAUCAAAAAAAGUUGUUCGGGUGACCCAUAAGUUAUUUGUGAAUAUUUGUGCCAUGGACUAUGCCUAAUGUAGAAUCAGUGUAUAAAACACAAACUAAAAGUCCCAAUUUGAUAUCUGAACCAAUUUGGUCUUCAAACAACAACAUAUGCCAUGGACUUCCAUUAGUAGAAUAUAAAGACGGUCAAUAGUAUGCAAAUUUUAUAUUAUCUUGUGAAGAUAUAAUAGUUGAGUACAGGGGCUUACGAAUUUCGGUUUAAUUUUCUUUUUGAUCUUUAGGAAGGACAUAAUAUCGUCCGUUUCGGAUGAACCAUCAUAUGAGCAUUAACCAUAUGCUUCCAUAGAAACACCCUGACUGUAAAUUUGCACAGAAUAAGUGCAUUGAAAUAUAUGAACUAGAAUAUAAAGUGAGGGCGAGGUGACACAGGCCUAUGGAGAUUGUUGAUUAAAAUUAAUGUAUGGAAGUUGAAUCAAAUAACAACACCCUAGGAUAAUUGGUGAGUAUUCAUUACAUAUCAAUUAGAACAAAAUAUUUACUCAUUAUAUAUGGUGACAAGUAAAACAUUAGAGAUUCGUGUAAUGUACAAAGGGGAUGCUUUUGCUUUCUGACA